AUGUACAUCUUUGGAACAGUGAUGAAGGAGUUCAGCUUCAUUAUUGAGAUACAAAAUUAUAUGAUAAUAGAAGCUGCUUUCACAGGAGCAGACUUUGAAAAGACCGUGUACUCGCCGAAUAUUAUUGCGGGUGUGAAGACAGUAAGAACAAAAGCAGAUGUCAUAGAUGUUGACUUGGGAUUAUCAUUGGAUUUAUCAUCAGCUCAGCGGUAUGUAUGGCAAAAUGAUAUGGCAUCCUAUAUAGAACUCGGAAAGAUUGCAAUGAGGCCUGUGAGAAAGCUCCUGAAGAAUCUUACCUAUUCGGACGAGUUCCACACCUGGAUUCGAGAGCAACAUUUCGAUAUGGUUAUAUCAGAAGGUGUUAUGAUAUUUGAUGCGGUUUUUCACAAAUGUGGAAUCGAAAAGUAUGCGAUCACUAUAUCAACACUUCCAAUUGAGUAUAUGUUGGACUAUAUCGGCGUGCCUAAUACUCCAAGUUUUGUUCCAGUGAACAACAAAGGCUUCUCUGUUCCAAUGACCUACUUUGAAAGGGCACAAAAUUUAUUCGAAUUAACACUUGUGAAAUUGUUACUCCAUUAUAGUGUUAUUCCUGAGUUCGAGCAGCUGUUAGCUGAUAAAUUUGGAGAUUCGGGAACAACACAGAAGCAAGCAGACCAGCUCUCUUAUAUUUUCGUGAACAGCGAUGAAAUACUCGACUUUCCUCGCGUUAUUACGAGUAAAUAUAAAUAUAUAGGUGGAAUACGAAUGCCUAAACCGAAACCACUGAGUCAAAUAGACGUAGCUGGUGCAUUCGGAUAUGUUCGUUCCGUUGAGCGUGAAUGGGGCAUCCGAGACCCAUCCGUUCCGCAUGAACAUCGUCUUUUGAAGAUUCAGCUCAAGACCGAUGCAUCCACAUGUUUCGGCGAAUUCGGUCAGCAUUCGUUCCGCUUGGCUGAUGCUAGGUGUUAUCAGUACGAUGUCAUCAGCAAAGCGCAAAUGGUGUAG